UCAAAUAAAUACCACGGCGCGUUCGUCGAGAAGCACAGAUCAGGUGUGGCAAGUGAAAACAUCUCACAGGAAAAGUUAACAGUACUUGCAAAAUGAAGGUUUUCUCAGCUCUGUGUUUGCUGGCUGUGGUAGCCGCGGUCAUCGCUGCUCCUAGCGACCCGGCUGUGCUAGUGCCCCACGUGUCCCCAACUGCCCACAGCAAGUCCAGCGUCAGUGCCUCAGUACACGACACGGAGAGCCAUGAAGAACCUGCCUCCACAGACGAGGACGAACACGUGUUUGGAGGUUCUCGUCACACAGUCGUCGACAGUGAGGACUAUAGCGUUGCACCGAGUCCCGACCAUGGAGUUUUCGGAAGUCGAUCCACCAAAACUGUUACUUUGGAGGCUAAUCAUCCCGUUGCUGGCAACCCGGCUGUGCUAGUGCCCCACGUGUCCCCAACUGCCCACAGCGAGUCCAGCGUCGGUGCCUCACUACACGUCUCGGAGAACCAUGGACAACCUGCCUCCACAGACGAGGACGAACAUGCGUUGGGAGGUUCUCGUCACACAGUCGUCGGUAGUGUUGCAUCGAGUCCCGAACAUGGAGUUCUCGGAAGUCGAUCCACCAGAUCUGUUACUUUGGAGGCUAACCACACCGUUACUGGACACAACGCCACCAGCCCCCGCGCCGAGACCUCCGUCAGCAGCGCCACCUCGAGGCCACACAGGCAGGAGAGCAGCACUCGCCGCAUGAUCCCUGUUCCUCUCGUUCUUCGUGGAGACGGCCCAGCCAGCGCUCGGGCACAGGUCGGACAUCCAUCUCUAACCGCUGUGACCCGCGGAGACGCCCAUGACGCUGAGGCAGCCACUGAGCACGAUGAGGAGGCACAUGAAUCGUCUGCCGAGAAAGAGGAUUCACAACAUAAGGCUUAGGUCAGUCACCAUUAAAAACAGCUUCGUCACUUGACCCAGCUUGACUUCCCGCGACCCUUACAGGGCAUUGCCACGAGGGUCCCCUGAGCGCUAUGCUCACCAACGCCACGUUUCAAAACAAAUGUAUAAACAAUAGCCCACCUAUAUUCUAUUCCUUUUUUUCCAUUUUUUGUCAACUUAUGACUGCCUUUGUCAUUUAAACGAGUACACUGUUACUUCAUAAUACCUCUGAGAAAAAAAAUGAUGUUCGUGUGAACAAAGCUCAAAGGGUUCGAACACGACUGGCUUGUGGAUCAACUGCUUUGCUUCGUUUACUCGAACACUUUUCAACAGUCUGUCUUCACUUGUGUGUUGUGUGUGAUAACACAUUAUUUCCUUUCAUCUGUAGAAUGUUCCCGUCUAGAUCUGUCUUUUCUUUUAGUAUUGUAUUUCCUUUUGUAUUAACUUUUCACGGUUAUUCGUCCUAUGUAAUUAACAGUGACCACCUAUUUGAUCAUUGUGUAUCUUGGACUGUUAAUUUUAUUGGUUGAUUAAUCUGUAAAAAACAAAAACAAAAUCUAAAUAAAGACCAGAUAUGUA